UUCUCUCCGUAUUGGCACAGGACUGACUGGCAGUGCGCCGCUGAUCGCGAGAAGCUUCCUGCCAAAAACAGGCGGAGUCAGGAGCGCGAAAGCCGCGUCUUCUCCUCCCUCCUUCGGCCGGUCGUGGGAGCCUACUGAGAGUGUAUGUGAGAGAAAAGCAGCGAGUCCCCGAGAGCCAGCAGGGAGAGCAGCGCCGCCGAGGCCGGACACCAUUGUCCCCGCCAGGCAGGGGAGCAGCGCCGCCGAGGCCGGACAAUCAAGCUGCGCCGGGCGGGUUCUCACCGACGCCGAGGCCGGACACGCAGUUCCCGUCAAACCGGACGCCAAAUCUCUGCCAGCCCACUGGACACCUGGACGUGCUGCGCCAAGCUUGGGAAUAGAAAUGGACGGGUUCGCCGGAAGCUUGGAUGACAGCAUUUCAGGAGCAAGUGCCUCUGAUGUGCAGGACCGCCUGUCAGCACUAGAGCUCCGAGUCCAGCAGCAGGAAGAUGAGAUCACUGUGCUCAAAGCUGCCCUGGCGGAUGUCCUGCGACGCCUGGCACUGUCGGAGGACCAGGCUGCAAGCAUGAGGAAGAUGCCGUCUGGCAAAGGCCAACCUACUCUCAGGGAGGCCAUAUCUAUGUCCUGUAUUACCAAUGGCAGCAGCUCAGGAAGGAAGACCUCACAUGGGUCAUCCAUGUCCAUCGCCAGAAAAGAAACACUCUCCUCUGCAGCAAAGAGCGGAACAGAGAAACGGAAGGAAAAAGAGCAAAUGGGAGGAGUAAAAGAGGAGCAGCCAUCUGAUGAUAAAAGUGGCAUCAGUUCAUCCGGCCUAUCUGCCAUGCCCACCAUGCCACCAUCACCCUCCCCCCAAGCCCCUCAGUCACAUAAACAGACCCAAGAAAGCAAGAGCUUGGCUGCGGCCAGAAGUGUGAAGCGAAACUCUGCAAUGGAACGUUCACAGAGUAGCACCUGGGAGUCAUCAGAAGAGACCCGCAACAAAUUGGUAAAGGCAGCAUCCACAUCCAGAAUAAUCUCCAAGGUAACGCGGAGUACUGAAAAACAAAAGGAGACAGUAAUAAGUCAAGUGAAAGGGUCGGCACGAGAGAAGAGUCAAGAUGGUGACUACAUCAAGAUGUUCAUGCGUGGGCGGCCCAUCACCAUGUUUAUUCCUUCAGAUGUAAAUAACUAUGAUGAAAUUCGUGCAGAACUGCCCCCUGAGAGGCUCCGUCUGGAGUGGGUGUUUGGGUAUCGUGGUCGUGACUGCCGUGCCAAUGUCUACCUGCUGCCUACAGGGGAGGUUGUCUACUUCAUUGCUUCAGUGGUAGUAUUAUUCAACUAUGAAGAGCGGACACAACGCCACUAUCUUGGUCACACAGACUGUGUCAAAUGUCUUGCAGUUCAUCCAGACAAGAUUAGAAUAGCAACUGGGCAGAUUGCUGGGGUGGACAAAGAUGGAAGGGCUCUACAGCCUCAUGUUCGGGUCUGGGACUCGGUGAGCCUUGGAACACUUCAGGUCAUUGGUUUGGGCACGUUUGAACGUGGUGUUGGCUCAUUAGCCUUCUCUAAAGCGGACUCAGGAGUCCAUCUUUGUGUUGUAGAUGACUCAAAUGAACACAUGCUGACUGUCUGGGACUGGCAGAAAAAGUCCAAAAUUGCUGAAAUUAAGACGACAAAUGAAGUGGUGCUAGCAGUGGAGUUCCACCCAACAGAUGCCAACACUAUUAUUACAUGUGGCAAGUCUCACAUCUUUUUCUGGACGUGGAGUGGCAAUGCUUUAUCACGGAAGCAAGGAAUAUUUGGGAAAUAUGAAAAACCAAAGUUUGUUCAGUGUUUAGCUUUCCUGAACAAUGGUGAUGUUCUGACUGGAGACUCGGGAGGUAUCCUUCUUAUUUGGAGCAAAUGCAUAACUGAGCCAACACAAGGGAAAAGCUCCAAAGGUGUUUACCAGAUCAGCCGUCAAAUCAAAGGGCAUGAUGGCAGUGUGUUCACGUUAUGUCAAAUGAGGAAUGGUACACUGUUGACCGGUGGGGGCAAGGACCGGAAAAUUAUUCUUUGGGAUCAUGACCUAAAUCCUGAAAGGGACAUUGAGGUUCCUGAGCAGUAUGGAACUAUACGUGCUGUGGCUGAGGGGAAAGGAGAGCAGUUUUUAGUAGGAACGUCCCGCAACUUUAUUUUAAGAGGCACAUUUAAUGAUGGAUUUCAGGUGGAAGUUCAGGGUCACACUGAUGAGCUAUGGGGCUUGGCAACGCACCCAUUCAAAGAUUUAUUCUUGUCCUGUGCCCAGGACAGGCAGGUGUGUUUGUGGAGUUCUUCUGACCACACACUUGAGUGGACCAGGCUGUUAGAUGAACCAGGGCACUGUGCUGACUUUCAUCCAAGUGGAGUAGUUGUGGCAAUUGGGACUCAUUCAGGGAAGUGGUACGUUCUUGAUGCUGAAACUCGAGAUCUGGUGGCAAUACAUACUGAUGGAAAUGAGCAGCUGUCUGUGAUGCGCUAUUCUGUAGAUGGCUUCCUUCUAGCAGUCGGAUCCCAUGACAACUUCAUUUAUCUCUACAAUGUGUCUGAAAAUGGCCGCAAAUAUAGCAGAUAUGGAAAAUGCAGUGGACAUUCCAGCUAUAUCACUCACCUGGACUGGUCUCCAGAUAACAAGUUCAUCAUGUCGAACUCUGGAGACUAUGAAAUCCUGUACUGGGACAUUCCAAGUGGCUGCAAGCUUAUCCGGAACCGGUCUGAAUGCAAAGACAUUGACUGGGCCACCUACACAUGUGUGCUGGGUUUUCAGGUGUUUGGUGUGUGGCCUGAAGGCUCAGAUGGGACAGACAUCAAUGCUUUGGUCAGGUCUCAUAACAGGAAGGUGAUCGCAUUAGCUGAUGAUUUCUGCAAGGUUCAUUUGUUCCAGUAUCCCUGUUCCAAACCCAAGGCACCAAGCCACAAAUACAGUGCCCACAGCAGUCAUGUGACAAACGUGAGCUUCAUUCACAGUGACAGCCACUUGAUCUCUACUGGUGGGAAAGACAUGAGCAUCAUUCAGUGGCGGCUCAUCGAGAAGAUUCCACUGGGCUCCAGUGAUACUCUAAGCCUGACAGAUGUGGGCAGUGGCCAUAUCACUAGUCCUUCCUCUCGUGGGAUAGUGCAGGCUCCACAGCCUGUCACAAUGCACUCUGUAAUUUCAGAAUCUGAGGUGGACACCCCCAAUGGACAGGAGGAGAGCUCACCUGGCACCCCACCUCCAUCUGACAGCACCCUAAGCCCUGAUGACAGUCUUGAACCAAGUGAGGAACACCCUACACCUCAGCCUGCCUCGACUCCUAUUGAGGAGCUCCCAUCCAAUGCUGCCUGUCUGAUACCUUCGUAAGGGUCACUCUUACACCUCCUGUCCACAUGGCCAGGCACAUCUCUAUCUCUCUCUCUCUCUCUCUCUCUCUCUCUCUCUCUCUCUCUCUCUCUCUCUCUCUGUGUCUCUCUCUUUUAUUUUUAAUUUUUUUGUAAGAAAGGAUGGGGGUUUCUGAGCCGGUCAGCCUCUGAAGGCAAAUGUUUACUUUACUUUGGUUUAAGGGGUCCUGAGCUAUUGUACAGCAGGGGGUUCAGGAGUCAGCCUUCCUGCUAGGCCCUAUGCUGUGGGAUAUUUUGGUUUGUUUCUUCUUGUCUCAGGAAUCAAUGCUGAUUGACCAGUGAGACGCUUUCUGCAUACACCUAUCUGCCCUCCCCUCCCGCAUCAGUAACAGCGGGAUUCAGAAUCUUGUCUUUGUAAAAAGGAGGUGCCAUAAUAUCCUUUAAUACUGAGUCAGUGAUGUCUUUCUGUCUUCUGUAUCCCACAGCAAAACCACCUAGCACCUCCUGCUUGUGUUUAUUUUGCUGAUCGCAAGAGCAGGGCAACCUGACCAUUGGUUUUAACUCUAGAUGUCCAGAAAAAUUACAAAUGACCUCUGUCAUAAGAGCUGUCGCUUGUAAGCAUCUUCUUACUGCAGGCAGUUGGCAUUAGAGGGCGGACAUUACAUCUGAGGAGAUCAAAGGUUGGUGGGAGGGAGUGAAGGAGGAAGAGUAUGUCUUUCAGAAAGAGAUGGUUUCAAUGAACAAGGACAGUCAUUGGGUUGGAGGGUUGUUGUACUAUACGGCUGUCAGUGAAAAUUGGCAACCCAGUACAGUAAAGCUGUGGCAGCUAUUAACAUGGUCUACCAGUGUAGUACUGGGAUAAAACAUGUGGCAGACCUGGUCUCCCAUAGGUACUGUCCAGCAUGGAUUUGUAUAAAAGUCUUAACAAGUGCACCAUUCCAGUGUCCAGAUCUCUGUGGUCACCACAUAACUAUUAUAGCAGUUGCAUGGUGUUGCUGCUGGACUAACGUGACGUAGAUGGAAUGGUUUACAUGUUGUAAAAGGAGCUGUGCUUUAUAGUGAAAAAUGCUACAGUGAGAAAGUGCAUCCUUGUUCUUUGAAACAUCUCGGCACCAUGUGAGAAAAUGGGAGCUUCAUUCUGACAGCUGCUUAGGUAGAGCAUGAGUCCUGGAGACUAUUUGCUGGGUGGCAUUUUAACAGGCAUUCGCCCAUUGGUGAGUAAAAACCUGUGGGGAGGCAGCAGCAGUUCCAUAUAAGUCUGCUUCUCCUGGCCAAAGGGCUGACUUUCUUACAGGCUAGGAGGGCCAACACCCUCAGGGUAUUUGGGUGGGGAGAAAGGGAAUCAUGAAGUCCUAAACGGGAAGGGGCAGCACUGGGGACUAGGGUUACCGCUGAGUGGCUGGGGGGUGGUGUGGUAUACAUCCACAGUGAUAUAGAAGUGGGGGGGGGGGGGGGGGGGGGGGUUGUGGCGUGACUCUUAUUGAGGUGCGCUGAAAUGUCUCAUUUGCCAUUUGGGCUUUGUGACAGCUUUAUAGGGUGCAGUCCUCACCUUUCUUGGAAGUUCUAGAGUGGUGGGGAGCACCCCGGUAAUGUGUUCAUUUGACUUGGGGGGGUUUUGCUGGUGGGUUCCACUUUUUGGUACUCUGCUGGAGAGAAGUGCCCCGUACGCAUUCCCGUCUACUGUAAACAAAAAAAUAAAAACAUUAAAAAAAAAAAAAAAUAAAGAGUCAAAUGAAAGGAAACAGAA